CAGGCGCGCACGUACGCAGCACGUUGUAGGCCUGAGACACCGGAGAACGGGGAGGGGGCGCAGCCAGAGCGGGGAGGAGUGGGCGGAGCCCAGGACGGUAGCCGGGAAGAUGAGGAGGGAUAAAUAUAGAGACUACAGGAAGCAGUGAGACGGCAGCUGAAUGGAGCAGCGAUCUGCAUGAAUGAAAACCUAAGCCAUUUAAGUUGAGUAGGUUUAUUUAUACUGUGCCCCAUGCCUGGGGUCGGUGGUGUGGCAAAAAUGUCACACAGGACAAGUGAGCGAGACCUGCAGUCUUCAGCGCGUAGAAUGGGCACAUCCCUUCUUUUCCAGUUGUCUGUGCAUGAACGAGAGUUGGACUUGGUAUUUCUUGAUCACAGCUAUGCCAAGCCUUGGAGUGCCCACCCUGAUGCCAGCAAUGCCCGUCCCACCCGUACCCUUUUCAUCACACCUCGUAGACAGCAGGAAAGUGCCAUUGAGGCAGAUGUUCCAAUUGAUGUUGAGACUGUCACUCCCAUUUCCAUGCCAUUAUAUGAUAACCAGAAGGCUCGAAGUGUUAUGAAUGAGUGUGAACGUCAUGUGAUCUUUGUGCGAACAGAUACUGAAGCUCCUCCACCACCUGAUGACUGGGAAGAUCACCUUAAUAGGACUGGUUGGAGUACCUCACAGAAUAAGCUUUUUAACAAGGUCCUGAAAUCUUUACAAGCUGACCGCCUUGCUCGACUUGCUAAUGAUGGUGCAACCAAUGAGCCGGUGCUGAGAAGAAUUGCUGUGGACAAGUGUGCCCGUCGGGUGCGUCAAGCUCUAGCCUCAGUAGGAUGGGACACCAAACUAGUGCAGUGGCUGCAUAGCACACUGGUGGAAACCCUCAGCCUACCACUGCUUGCUGCAUAUCUGGAUGCUCUGCAGACAUUGAAAGGCAAGGUACCAGCUCUUAUUGAUCGCAUGCUACUAGCCACGACUGUCAGAUCAGGAGGAGCCAGUGCAGAAGCAUUAUCUCUACUAUUGAAGAGACCAUGGGAUCCAGCAGUCGGAGUACUAUCCCAUAACAAGCCUAGCAAACUCCCAGGCUCCCCUCUCAUCCUCAUUGCUCCAUCAGGACCAACCAAUUCAAUAUUUCCCACUUCGCGGCGACACCGGUUCUGGCAAUCCCAGCUCUCCUGUUUAGCUAAGGUCAUUCCUGUUGGUUCUCAGCUGGCUAACAGUGGCAGUGGGGUGACUUCCAUACAAUGCCUAGAAAACAUGAUUGGUGGACUGCGCAACAAAGUAGUUGAGAUUCACAAUCAUUUCCCUCACAAGCCUGUCAUUCUGCUUGGAUGGAAUACAGGAGCAUUAAUUGCGUGUCAUGUGUCUUUAAUGGAAUAUGUGACAGCUGUGGUGUGCCUGGGAUUCCCUUUAAUGACUAUGGAUGGACCUAGAGGGGAUGUUGAUGACCCUCUCAUUGAUAUGAAGACCCCAGUACUUUUUGUGAUUGGUCAGAAUUCACUUCAGUGUCAUCCAGAGGCAAUGGAAGAUUUUCGAGAGAAGCUAAGAUCUGAUAACAGUCUUGUUAUUGUGGGAGGAGCUGAUGAUAAUCUUCGGAUAAGCAAAAUGAAGAAAAAAACAGAGAGUCUGACCCAAAGUAUGGUAGACCGAUGCAUUCAGGACGAGAUUGCUGACUUUCUCACAGGGGUCUUAAAUCGGGCUGAGAGUCAUUCUGGUUCUGAUCCUCGUGAUCUUGAUGCAGAGAAGAAGAAAAAGUCCAGAGAUUUCUUGAGGAGAGACCUGCCUUUAGAUUUGCCAGAGCGGAGCAGCAGACCAGCUUCACCUGGUGCUCGCUUCCCUGCCUCCCCCUCUGGCUCUGAGGAUAUGUCUAGCAGUCCUACAUCCAGUCCUAAAACUAAAUUAACAGCUGUACCCCAUAAACCAGGACAAACAACAUUACCACUGAAGACCACAAUGAGACCAGGAACCACUGUAAAUCCAAAAACUCAAGCCCAGUUUGCAGCUUUCCUGAAACAAAACAUGUUGGUGAGGAAGUCUCUCCCUGCAGGUUCAUCCUCUUGUGUAUUUGUCCCAGUAUCUACAGAAACAGACGAUAAGGACGACAACAGAGUUCAGCUGAAAAGACCUCCCAGCCCUGGAAACGGCUCUGGAAUGAAGCCUUCCAAGCGUCCAAAAAUCAAAGUGACCAUCGUCUCUCAUGGUGACGGAGCAGGAGGAGGCACCUCUAGCUCACAGGAAGCCUCAAAGUCUUCAUCUUCACCAGUGAUUGGCCAGUCUAAAGAGAUCUCCAGUCUGCUUACUUCAUCUAAUUAUGUUCACAGACUAGCUUCUGAAAAUGCCUCAUCAAGCUCAGCUGUUUCAGGUCUGAUCCCCAGCGCAUCAACCCCUAGUGCUUUCCACUCCAUCCAAAGCCGGCUGGUAUCCAGCAUUUCCCCUGGAGUGCAGAACCAACAGUCUAGUACACUGUCAGGAACAAACCCUGGAGCCUCAGCCAGCAGUCUCCUUCAAGGAUUAAGUUUUAGCUUACAGGAUAUAGGAAGUAAAUCUGGUACUCUUCCUAGCACCAGUGCCAGCUCUGGAUCCACUACUCAGACAAUGGCAGUUAAAGCCCCUGCUCCUCUUCAAAGCUUGGGCACGAUAACCACAGCAACUGGGACAAUCCUUCGAACCAUCCCUGUAGUGACUGCUUCUUCAUCUCUUGUGGCAUCAGCUGGUGGCAAACCCACUGCUAUUCAUCAGCUACUCACAAAUGGUGGCCUGGCAAAACUGGCUAGUAGUAUUCCUGGCUUGGCACAGUUAUCCAGCCCAACUACAGGCUUGAAGGCACCUACCACCAUUACGGUUACUCUACGUGGCCAGCCCAGCCGUGUCACCACACUGAGUCAGGCCAGUAUAGGAGCAGGGACCCAUGCCAAACAGGAUGAUGUCUCUCAACAGGCCUCAGACUCCUCUUCCAUCAUGGUCUCUGCUAGUAAAGUCCUCCCCCCUACUGUGGCAGAACAGUGCAAGGUAGCAACAGCCAGCGACAGGACUCCGGGAGAGAAGUCCUUAUCCAUAGUGCGUGCGGUAACCCCUCCAGCAGUGACUACUAGCCCACCGAAGACGUUGUAUGUCAUGUCCGAUGCCAAGCUUUCUGCACUCACCAAAUCUGUUGGCAGCGAAUUUGCAUCUUUGCCACUGAAGCCUAUGACCUUACAAAGUUCACCUGGUAUCGCACCUGGAACAGUGACGUUUACAACACCAUCACUAGCUAGCACAUCAAACACAACCUGUACGGUGGUGCUGUCUAAGAUUGGUCCGGUUCUGCAAGCUUCUCCAAAGACUGUAAUCUUAGCAAAGACUGAUUCAAAUAAGUCAUCUGGAAAUCACAUGAUUGGUUCUGUGGAGAGUCUGGGCAGAGUGCCAUCUGUGGUUGAUGAGGGCAGCACAAUAAUUCACAGUCGAGAGUCACUGGUGAACAGGCAGCUACUGCAGCCUGCUCUGAUAGCCUUAUCUGGCUCUAGUCAUAUGCAAAACACAGUAACAUCUGCUAGUCAAAAACCACAGUGACUCUGGUACUAAACAUAAAAUUCUAUGGGAAAAGUUACAUAGUCAAUCCUUCUGAUUGGCUCAGAUAAAGGUACAGCAGAAGAAUGACUGUCUCUGACAGAGGUGGCACUGUCUGUAAGGUAUAGAGAAGGCUUUAGGAAACUGGGUAUAGGUGGUAUUUUGGGAAGCGCAGCAAGUAUAGAGCAGACAAGCACAACAAACAUUGCAUGUUGUAUUUUGGGUCAUUCGAACAACCAAAACAAAGCAUUAUAUGUGUUUUGUAAAUAGAGGAUGUGUUUGUGGAGUGACUAAGCAUUGCUGCAAGGUACUAAAGUUUCCUGGUCACCUACUAAUGCUAGAUGUAGUAAUUUUGUUUAUACAUAAACAGCUGAUCGGUUUCUCAGGAUCUAUGUUAUUACAGAGUGCUUCUUAAAGGAGUUGUAAAGGAAAAUGUUUUUUCACCUUAAUGCAAUCUAUGCAUUAAGGUGAAAAAACAUCUGAUGCUGCCGCCCCCCUUAUACUUAUCCGACCCCUCGAAAAUCCCGCGCGCGGUCCAGGGAUCCUCCUCUUCGCCGCUCAGAUGGGCCGAUGAUUGGCUAGAGCGGAUGGAUUGAGAGCA